GCCCUAUCCGCUCGUGCAGGCUUCUUCCAUUCCUUCAAGUCAUUUGCCCCAGAUUCACCUAAUCUGUCCCUUAUUCUUCCACUCUUUUGGCCCUCCUUCCAUCGCAUACCACGUCUACACGUUGCUUCGCUCUGAAAUCGUAUCAGAAGUUGCGGCAUUGCUUCUCAGCUAGCUGCCUCCCGGGACUUUAAGUUGCUUUACGCAGAUACCGUGCUAAACAUGGGCGACGAUGGUGGUCACGGCCCGGCGGGUGCCGGCGGCGCCCCAGCUGCUGCUGCCGCUCCCGGCGCCGCUUCUUCUGCCGCGACAACCGUCACGGACCAGCAGGCAGUCCAGGGCUUCGACAGGAACCGGAAGCCCGUCAUUGACACGAACGGGCAGCCAUUGGACGAAAUCACAUCCAUAACCUCCCCUCGUAUACAUACCCCGAAUCCCUUCAGCCGCAAAAACACUUCUCUGGACAUCGACGACUAUUUUACUGGUCCCCGUGAUAUUCAGAAGCACUCCAAAUGGCCCAUCUUCCUCCAGAUGCACGGCAGCAUUCUGCCCAAGAUGAUCCUCCCCUUGCUUGCCAUUGCAGUAUGGUCGUCUCUGAUCACUGCCAUCAGCAUGGAGAUCCAUUCUCUUGGGAUUAGCAACAUUCUACUCACAGUUCUCGGUUUCGUCGUCGGUUUGGGCUUGUCGUUCCGUAGCUCAACGGCAUACGAGCGUUAUGCAGAGGGCCGGCGGUACUGGGCGCAGUUGAUCCUGGCAAGCCAGAACCUUGGCCGAGUGUUCUGGGUACACACUGCCGAACGCAAAGAUGUUCCCGAGGAAGAGAAAGAGGAGAACAGAAGGAGGGAGCUGCUUGAGAAACUCACUGCUAUGAACCUCAUUGUGGCCUUUGCCGUUGCUCUUAAGCACAAGCUCCGGUUCGAGCCCUAUACAUGCUAUGAGGACAUUUCGCACCUGGUUGCGCACCUUAACACGUACGCCCAAGCCGCGACCCGAGACGACCCUGAGAAUGCCCACCGAUCCUUCAAGCGCCACGGUUUCUUCAAGAGCGUGGGCGAGUAUCUAGGCGUGUCGUUCGCCGAGAGCAACCCGCGCAAGGCAAUCAAGAGGGCCACCCGCCCACUCGGCAACCUCCCUCUUGAGAUCCUGUCGUACAUUGCUGCCUACACCGACGAGCUUGCCCUCACUGGCCGCCUGCCUGUCCCGAUGCAGCAAACCGGCGCGUACAACAACAUUGCGUCCCUUAACGACGUGCUUACUGGCACCGAGCGUGUGCUCAAUACGCCGCUUCCCAUCGCUUACUCGAUCGCCAUUGCGCAAAUCACAUGGGUCUACAUCUUGCUGCUGCCCUUCCAGCUGCUGCCCACACUGCAGUGGAUUACGAUUCCGGCCACGGUUGCGGCAGCCUACAUCAUCCUUGGUAUCCUGUUUAUUGGGCGCGAGAUUGAGAAUCCCUUUGGACAGGACGUCAACGACCUGCCGCUCGAGGGAUACUGCGCCCAGAUUGCCGCCGAGAUGGACAUUAUCGCCAGCCAGCCGAAGCCGCAGAACCGCCAGUGGAUCGAGUCCAUGGAAAACAGGGUCUUGUGGCCGCUUUCCAACUCGGGCUGGCAUGUGUGGAUGAGCCGCAGCGAGGCCAAGAUCCGCGAGGCUGUCGUUCAGAAGGUUGAGGCGAACUUUGAGACGAAGAAGCAGCUGGAGGCCGAAGUGGCUAACGGACGGCCGAUGUCGGAGAAGGCAGAACACCGGGCAAAACACUCGGUGGACAAUGUCUAAAUCAAGCCUGGGUUUGGUGUAUUGUUUGGGUGGACGGCAGGCGUGAAGUAGCGUAUGUCGUUGAGUUGUUGAUACCUAUGUGUCUUGGCUGGGGCUCUUCGAUGUCAUGGUGUUCAGAGCAAAAGCAGAAAACUAAAAUGCAUACCUAGGAAUGCGGGCAUAUAUUGUUUAUCUUUCUUUACUGCACGGACUCCGGCAACCCAAAUUCUGGAUUGCAGCUGUAUUUAAGGGUUCUAAAAGGACGUUCAUAAUCAGAUUCAUCAAAGCACAAGUAUCACUCCAUAUGGCCGUGUACGCAUUGGAGGUCUUAGCUGGUAGUUCCCUAUCAUAAAUAACUGCUCCCCCUUUUC